CAGAGGAUGAGGCUAUGACCACCCAAUUGUCUCCCAUGACGACCCCUGAGCCUCCCCUCAAGCCACGCCUGGGGGAGCUGACUGUGACAGAUGCCACCUCCGACUCCCUGAGCCUCUCCUGGGUGGUCCCCGAGGGCCAGUUUGACCACUUCCUGGUCCAGUACCGGAAUGGGGACGGGCAGCCCAAGGCGAUGCGAGUGCCGGGGCACGAGGACAGGGUCACCGUCUCUGGCCUGGAGCCGGACCACAAGUACAAGAUGAACCUGUAUGGCUUCCAUGGAGGCCAGCGCAUGGGCCCCGUCUCUGCCAUCGGGGUGACGGAGGUGGAUGAGACCCCCAGCCCCACAGAACCCAGCACGGAGGCCCCGGAACCCCCUGAGGAGCCACUCCUGGGGGAGCUGGCAGUGACAGAAUCGUCCCCAGACUCACUGAGCCUCUCCUGGACUGUCCCCCAGGGCCGCUUUGACUCUUUCACUGUCCAGUACAAGGACAGGGACGGGCGGCCCCAGGUGGUGCAUGUUGGGGGCGAGGAGAGUGAGGUCACCGUGGGGGGCCUGGAGCCUGGGCGCAAGUACAAGAUGCACCUGUACGGCCUCCACGAGGGGCGGCGCGUGGGCCCUGUGUCCACCAUUGGCAUGACCAGCUUCCUGCCCACAGAGCCCCCUGUGGAGCCCCGCUUGGGCGAGCUGGCUGUGGCAGCAGUGACCUCAGACACAGUGCGUCUCUCGUGGACAGUGGCUCAGGGCACCUUCGACUCCUUCCUGGUCCAGUACAGAGAUGGGCAGGGGCAGCUUCAGGCAGUGCCCGUGAGCACAGACCUCCGUGAGGUCACAGUCUCGGGUCUGGGCCCUGCCCGCAAGUAUAAGUUCCUACUCUUUGGACUCCGGGAUGGGAAGCGCCAUGGCCCAGUCUCUGUGGAUGCAAAGACUGUCCCAGACACAAAACCCUCUCCCCACCUGGGGGAGCUGACAGUGACUGAUGUGACCCCUGACUCCGUGGACCUCUUGUGGACAGUCCUUGAGGGCGAAUUUGACUCCUUCGUGAUCCAGUACAAGGACAGGGACGGGCAGCCCCAGGUGGUGCCGGUGGCUGCAGACCAGCGGGAAGUCACCAUCCCCAGCCUGGCGCCCAAUAGGAAAUACAAGUUCCUGCUCUAUGGUCUGGCGGGCAGGAAGCGGCUGGGCCCAGUCUCUGCUGAUGGCACCACGGCUCCCCUGGAGAAGGAGCCGCAGCCCCCACCCCGCCUCGGGAAACUGACAGUGACUGGCGAGACCUCAGACUCCGUGCACCUGUCAUGGAUGGUGGCCCAGGGCCCCUUUGACUCCUUUGUGGUCCAGUACAGGGACAGGGACGGGCAGCCCCAGGCAGUGCCUGUGACCGCAGACCAGCAUGAGGUCACCAUAGUGGGCCUGGAGCCUGGAAGGAAAUACAAGUUUCUGCUCUAUGGGCUCCUGGGAGGGAAGCGCCUGGGCCCUGUCUCCAUCCUGGGAGUGACAGCCCCAGAAGAGGACACGCCAGCCACAGACACCCCCGAGCCCCCUGAAGAGCCCAGGUUAGGGAUGCUGACAGUGACUGACACAAGCCCAGACUCCCUGCGCCUCUCGUGGAGUGUGGCCCGGGGCCCCUUUGACUCCUUCGUGGUCCAGUAUCAGGACACAGAUGGGCAGCCCCAGGCCUUGCUCGUGGAUGGCGACCAGAACAAGGUCCUCAUCUCAGGCCUGGAGCCCAGCACCUCCUACCAGUUCUUCCUCUACGGCCUCCAUGAAGGGAAGCGCCUGGGACCCAUCUCAGCUGAGAGCACCACAGGGCCAGCUCCUGCUGGUCAGACCCCAGGGGAGCCAGGGCCCCGCCUGUCCCAGCUGUUGGUGACUGACGUGACCACCAGUUCGCUGCGGCUCAACUGGGAGGCUCCGCUCGGGGCCUUCGACUCCUUCUUGCUGCGCUUUGGGGUCCCGUCACCAAGCAGUCUGGAGCCAUAUCCACGUCCUCUGCUGCAGCGGGAACUGACUGUGCCUGGGACACGGCACUCGGCUGUGCUCCGGGACCUGCGUCCAGGGACCCUGUACAGCCUGACGCUGUAUGGGCUGCGUGGGCCCCACAAGGCCGACAGCAUCCAGGGCACUGCCCGUACCCUCAGCCCAGUUCUGGAGAGCCCCCGUGACCUCCAGUUCAGCGAAAUCAGGGAGACCUCAGCCAAGGUCAACUGGGUGCCCCCACCAUCCAGGGUGGACAGCUUCAAAGUUUCCUACCAGCUGGCAGAUGGAGGGGAGCCACAGAGCGUGCAGGUGGACGGCCGGGCCCAGACCCAGAAGCUCCAGGGGCUGAUCCCGGGCGCUCGCUACGAGGUGACUGUGGUCUCCGUCCGCAGCUUUGAGGAGAGUGAGCCGCUCACAGGCUUCCUUACCACAGUUCCUGAUGGCCCCACCCAACUGCGUGCCCUGAACUUGACCGAGGGAUCCGCCCUGCUGCACUGGAAGCCCCCCCAGAACCCUGUGGACACAUAUGAUGUCCAGGUCACAGCCCCCAGAGCCCCGCCUCUGCAGGCUGCAGCCCCCGGCAGCGCUGUGGACUACGCGCUGCACGGCCUUGUGCUCCACACCAACUACACUGCGACCGUGCGUGGCCUUCGGGGCCCCAACAUCACCUCCCCAGCCAGCAUUACCUUCACCACGGGGUUAGAGGCUCCCCAGGACUUGGAGGCCAAGGAAGUGACCCCCCGCACGGCCCUGCUCACUUGGAUUGAACCCGAAGUCCCACCCACAGGUUACCUGCUCAGCUUCGAUACCCCUGGUGGACAGACCCAGGAGAUCCUGCUCCCAGGAGGGGUCACUUCUCACCAGCUCCUUGGCCUCUUUCCCUCCACCCCCUACAGUGCCCGGCUGCGGGCCAUGUGGGGCGAGAGCUUCACUCCGCCUGUGUCCACCUCCUUCACCACUGGUGGACUGCGGAUCCCCUUCCCCCGGGACUGUGGGGAGGAGAUGCAGAACGGGGCCAGCACCUCCAGGACCACCACCAUCUUCCUCAACGGCAACCGCGAGAGGCCCCUGAACGUGUUUUGCGACAUGGAGACUGAUGGGGGUGGCUGGCUGGUGUUCCAGCGCCGCAUGGAUGGCCAGACGGACUUCUGGAGGGACUGGGAGGACUAUGCCCACGGUUUUGGGAACAUCUCUGGGGAAUUCUGGCUGGGCAAUGAGGCCCUGUACAGCCUGACGCAGGCUGGUGACUACUCCAUGCGCGUAGACUUGCGGGCUGGGGACGAGGCUGUGUUCGCUCAGUAUGACUCCUUCCGAGUAGACUCAGCUGCCGACUACUACCGCCUCCACCUCGAGGGCUACCACGGCACCGCAGGGGACUCCAUGAGCUACCACAGUGGCAGUGUCUUUUCCGCUCGUGAUCGAGAUCCCAACAACUUGCUCAUCUCCUGCGCUGUCUCCUACCGAGGGGCCUGGUGGUACAGGAACUGCCACUAUGCCAACCUCAAUGGGCUCUACGGGAGCACAGUGGACCACCAGGGAGUGAGCUGGUACCACUGGAAAGGCUUUGAGUUCUCGGUGCCCUUCACGGAAAUGAAGCUGAGGCCAAGAAGCUAUCGGCCCCCGGCUGGGGGAGGCUGAGUUGCUGCCCACCUCUCUCGCACCCCAGUAUGACUGCCGAGCACUGAGGGGUCGCGCCAAGAAGAUCCGGGGCCCCCUUCAUCACCAGCCACCGGAGGAAGACUUCUCUGCCUGCGAUCUCACAGCACCAUGUUUACAGGGGGGAGGGGAGGGGUUGUAUGGGAGCAAUAAAGGAGAAACUGAGGCACGUG